AUGGAUAGGUCAGAAGAUAAUGAAAUAUAUCGUGAUGAAAUCCUUAGCAAUGAAAGUGAAAAAAUUUGCCAAGAUAAACCCCGCCAUAUUUCUGAUGAACAAAAUAUUACUAUAAUCGAUUCCAGUGAUGAAGAAGACUGUGAUACAAUUAUUGAUGAAGACAACGAUCAUGAUGCAAUUAUUGAUGAAGAAGAAGGCCAUGAUAUAACUAUUGUAGAAAAUGAAGAAGUUCUUGUUUUUACAAUAGAUAA